AUGGCUUUCACAGACAGCUCGGGUGGAUCUACCUCUUCAUAUUCAGCGGAAUCAGAAUCGCAGGUGCUUUUCGAUGAAAUUUGCGUCCAUGGGCCAUCAGCCCAAGGCUCCCAAGCCACUUCACUACUGCAGAGAUUGAGUUCCUUCAGCAUUGUCGCAACGAAGAUUCUGCAAAUCUAUAACAAGAAAGCAACCGCUAUCUCUGGUCGCAGCAAAGUCGUUCAGUUACUCCAUAUCCCGGCCCUUAUUGCGUUGAUUCUUUCGAUCAUCGGCGGAAUAAAUCAAUACUCGUCGAACACAUCCGAACAUUCUGAAGGACAAAACGAAACCAAAGCUGGAAUCAUUCUGUUCCUCGCAAUAUACAUCGUGCUUUGCAUCCUGUGGUCGACAACAGUCAGGGACCUCCCUCGAAUGGCACCAAGCCAAAAGCGUAUCGUCGGCGUGGUCCUGUUAGCGUUGCCAUUGAUGGCUUGUCGUCUGCUGUACAGUCUGAUCACCGAUUUCAGCCAUUACCGUCAAUUUUCCUUGGUCGAUGGAAAUGUGACUAUCCGGCUUUGCAUGGCCACCAUCGAGGAAUUCCUUGUGGUUCUGAUGUACACCGUGCUGGGAGUAUUUACUCCUCGUUCAGAAGUCGCAGCGAACACGACAGGUUCAAGUUCUCAGAAAGAGUCAUAUCAAUCCGGGAAUAUGCAGUUCCAUACUUCGCCUCUUGAUCCUCACAAUGCUCAUAACCUUGGCGGGUACGAGCCAGUUUAG